AGGAAAUCGCUGCGGGAGCCGCAUCCUGCCUGCGCUAGCGGCUCCAGAGGUGGAGGCAGAGAGGGCGGAGAAGGCAGAGAGGGUGCCGCAGAGAGAAAAGUGUCAAAGCCAGUACGGCUUUAGAACACGGUGAAGGAUACUUUUCAUGGUGCAGGGAAGGAAAGCCAAUGCGCAGGUGUACCAACAUUCGACCAGGAGAGACUGGAAUGGAUGUAACAAGCCGCUGCACCCUUGGAGACCCCAACAAGCUGCCAGAAGGGGUUCCCCAACCUGCUCGCAUGCCCUAUAUUUCAGACAAGCACCCUCGGCAAACCUUGGAAGUGAUCAACCUUCUGAGAAAGCACCGGGAGCUAUGUGAUGUGGUGCUAGUUGUGGGCGCUAAGAAGAUAUAUGCCCACCGCGUCAUCCUCUCAGCCUGCAGCCCCUACUUCCGAGCAAUGUUUACAGGAGAGCUGGCAGAAAGCCGGCAGACCGAAGUAGUGAUCCGAGACAUAGAUGAGAGGGCCAUGGAGCUACUGAUUGACUUUGCAUAUACCUCCCAGAUAACUGUGGAAGAGGGCAAUGUUCAGACCCUCUUGCCUGCUGCUUGCCUCCUCCAGCUGGCAGAAAUACAGGAAGCCUGCUGUGAAUUCUUAAAGAGACAAUUAGAUCCUUCUAAUUGUCUGGGCAUUCGGGCUUUUGCUGACACACAUUCUUGCCGUGAGUUGCUAAGGAUUGCAGACAAGUUCACCCAACAUAACUUUCAAGAGGUAAUGGAGAGUGAAGAAUUCAUGUUACUUCCGGCCAACCAACUCAUUGAUAUAAUAUCUAGUGAUGAGCUCAACGUUCGGAGUGAAGAACAAGUGUUCAAUGCAGUGAUGGCCUGGGUCAAAUACAGUAUUCAGGAAAGACGGCCUCAGUUACCCCAGGUGCUGCAACAUGUUCGCCUGCCUUUGCUUAGUCCCAAGUUCCUGGUGGGCACCGUAGGCUCUGACCCCCUCAUUAAAAGUGAUGAAGAAUGCAGAGACUUGGUAGAUGAGGCUAAAAACUACCUCCUGUUGCCUCAAGAACGACCACUAAUGCAAGGGCCAAGGACAAGACCACGGAAACCUAUCCGAUGCGGAGAAGUACUCUUCGCAGUUGGUGGUUGGUGCAGUGGAGAUGCCAUUUCCAGUGUUGAACGCUAUGACCCCCAGACCAAUGAGUGGCGAAUGGUAGCUUCAAUGAGCAAAAGGCGAUGUGGAGUCGGGGUCAGUGUUCUUGAUGACCUGUUAUAUGCAGUAGGCGGCCAUGAUGGAUCCUCAUAUCUCAAUAGUGUUGAAAGAUAUGACCCAAAAACAAACCAAUGGAGCAGCGAUGUGGCCCCUACAAGCACCUGCAGGACAAGCGUUGGUGUGGCAGUCCUUGGAGGUUUUCUCUAUGCUGUGGGUGGACAGGAUGGUGUCUCUUGCCUCAAUAUAGUUGAGAGGUAUGAUCCAAAGGAGAACAAGUGGACCCGGGUGGCUUCAAUGAGCACUAGAAGGCUAGGGGUGGCUGUGGCCGUGUUGGGAGGGUUCUUAUACGCUGUCGGUGGCUCUGACGGAACGUCUCCACUCAACACAGUGGAGCGCUACAAUCCUCAGGAAAACAGAUGGCACACCAUAGCGCCUAUGGGGACCCGAAGGAAACACCUAGGUUGUGCGGUGUACCAGGACAUGAUCUAUGCAGUGGGAGGGAGAGAUGACACUACAGAGCUUAGCAGUGCUGAGAGAUACAACCCCAGAACUAACCAGUGGUCUCCCGUGGUGGCCAUGACAUCCCGCAGGAGUGGGGUCGGCCUGGCCGUGGUUAACGGACAGCUUAUGGCAGUGGGGGGCUUUGAUGGCACAACAUACUUGAAGACCAUUGAAGUUUUUGACCCAGAUGCCAAUACGUGGAGGUUAUACGGAGGGAUGAAUUACCGUCGGCUAGGAGGUGGUGUAGGAGUUAUUAAAAUGACACAUUGUGAAUCCCAUAUAUGGUGAACACAGGAAAAAA